UAUAUCUCCGUUAGAGAGAAGAUAGACACACACUCAUACUCAUCAAAUAUCUACGUGUACUGUUGCCCACCGGCAGACUACACUAUUAUUUCCAUAUAUGCCCAUGCUCCGGCCACUACCCAUACAUAGUAUCAAACUCCAUAUAUCCACCUUCAAUUCCUCCGCCGCCGUCGUUCCGAUCGAAGAGAAGAUAGAAAAACUUUGAGGUGAAGGAGAUAAGCCUUAGCUUACUCAACUACCCACCUCCCAUCCCAUGGCUGGUAGCCACUGCACGCAUAUUAAGAUUCUAUUGGGCCUUCAAUUCCUUUCCAACUUUCUUUCUCAUCAUCCAAUGGAUUGCAUUCGUUUUUCUUUGCACCGGUACCCUGACAUCACCUUUAAUUUUUAUUUUUAUUGGGCCCCAAACAUCAUCGGACCAUCCACGUGCUCUCGCGACACACCUCCCAUGUCCCUGUUUUCAACCCCAUCCUCACCUACAGCGCGUCACCAAGGUUUCCUAAUUAUGGACCCUGUGCUUAGAAAAAAUCUUCUCCCAGCCCAAUCAAAAAGAGGCAGCUAUCCGACAAAUUACAUGAAUAUAAUGAUGUCGGCAGCGGCACCGGAGAAUCUGGCGCGUAAGAAUAUUAAGAACCCCAACAACUAAUACCAAGGCCACGCGUCCAGUUACUGGAACCUGCCAACAAAAGCAAAAUUUCCACUUUGUUUCUAUCAAAGUACAUACGUGUCGUGGCUUUUAGCUGAGUGCAGGAUACGUGUCCCGCCUCCCAUUGGUCACCACAUUCGCACCAAUCGGAGCACCCGUUUUCAAUUUCGAUGGAUACGUUGCUUUAUCAGGCGGGGCCCACCUGAUCUGUGCCCGCCAAUCACGUUCCGUCACUGUUUGAGGUUGCCAUAGACACGUGUUCCUUUUUCACCCGGAGACUGUGCUAGUAACUAUGAUUAUCCCCGAUCGGCUCCGCCUCCGGGCAAACCUCACUCUUUCGCUCUAACGUAACCGCUGAGGGAGAGAGCUCCUCGCCAGCCAGCUAGCUAUGGACGUCGGAAACGGCAGGGGAUUCCCACGCGCCAAUCGGGACGCCACGAUACUCAAUAGGAUAAUGCUCAAAUUCCGUCCGAUUGCACCCAAACCGGUCGCCGCCGGCUCUGCUUCCGCCUCUGCACAGGAAGACAACAAGACCGAUGAUGUUACCAAACGGAGAUCCAAGAGAAAGUACGUUAGGGUUAAGAAGAAGGUGAGCAGGUGUUACAGUAGUAGGAAUAAUAAUAAUAAUCCAGGAGAAGAAGAAGAAGAGAGAAGAAAUCCUAGCCGGGUAGAUACAUCCCUGCUUACUCUUCAGUUACUGCCGGAAAGUAGUGGUAGUAGUACUAGUACUGCCGUAGAUUCCCCAAAGAAGGGAUCUUUUGAGAAGAUGUUGAAUUUCUCGGCAGCUCAAGAGAGACCUUUGUGGAUGAAUAAUAAUAAUUUCGAUAAUCAUCGGAACAACGAUAUCGCGGCGGUUCUUUGGGCGGAUCAGAGGAUGGGGCUGAGAGUGGUGGAGUCGUGGGUGAUGGUGGAGGGAUUGAGUAAGAUUUGGGUAGAUGAGGACGGAGGAAGAGGAGGAGGCAUAGGUGAUACGGACAUGGAGAAGAUGAAGAAUUUAGAAGUUGACACGUGUCCGGGGCUGAUAUCGGAGGGUCUAGAUCGGGUCCAGUGGGUGAAUCUAGCAUACCGGAGGAUGGUAGAUCCGCUGCACGGCGGAGGGGGGCCGCCGGCGGAAGUGGUGGCGCGGCUGGUGGUGAAGGAUAAAAUACGUACAGCUUUGCCAGCGGCUUUUGCAUGCACGGUGCGAGUGAUGUACACACGCCACACUGGGAAGCACACACAGACAAUGCCGUGUGAUGUGUGGAAGAUGGAGUUUGGUGGGUUUGCAUGGAGGUUUGAUGCCCAAGCUGCUCUUUGUUUGGGUCGUUAGUUCAAUUCGAUCAUCAUAUCCUUCCUAUCCUACACUACUCUCAUCUCAUCAUCCAAACAAAAAAUUAUUUACACCCUAAGCUAUCAUACCCUCCCUAAGUUAUCAUCAAGCUAUGCAGCGCUGCGCAACCGCAACGCAGCAAAGGUAAUUAAUAUUAUUAUUACUACUAUAUAUAUUAUGGAUCUUGGAACCCUAAGCCAUCCAAAUCCUUAAUAAUCAAUGAUUGUGCAAUAACUACUUUAUAAGUGUUGAUACACCCUAUAUAUACUAGCUUGCUUUCAUAUAUAUCCAAUCCCAUGCCAUGCCAUCCUUUAUUUACAUUGCUAAUUUCUACAUACUAAUCUAUAUAUAUAUAUCCAAUUGAAAACAGUAUCUAAUGCCUGCCUGCCUGCCUGAUAAUGAUGCCCAGAGUGCCACACCGCCCAAUAAUGUAACAUAUAUAGUAGAGGAUAUAUAUGGAUGCAUAUAUUAAUAAUUGAUCCCUUGAAAAUUGCUCUGUUACGUUACUUUCGACAGCCAGACAGACAGACAUUACGUGGAUAUAUGUUUGAAGCACAAAGAUAUGAUAUUAUGAUGUGCUUGUUUGUACAUAUUAUAUGCAUGCUUAAUUAAAAGUUAAAACCCACAGCUAGCUACAAUAUGGUCAA